CCCAUCACAACCAAGAUGGCGGCGGAGCGGACAGCCGGCGCCGCACACUGACUGACAGACAGAGGAGAAGAAGCCAAGCUCGGCUGGAUAGCUAGACUCUCGAGCGGAGGAAAAAAAAAACAACAAACAAACAGAAGAACAACAACACCCGCACAGGUUACCUCACCUUUUCGGUAUACGAACGGUGCUGUGAUGAAGCAGCGCCGGUAGACGACACCGGGCGAAGUUGUGUGCGGGCACUAAUUUGACGUCCACAAGCGGGAGAAGAGCGAAAGUACCAGCAGGGGUGAAGUUUCAUUUGAGCCAACAGAGACAAACUCUCAUGCAGGAGGCUUGAGUGUCAAGAGGUUGAGUGAUGAAUCUGGUCACUGAGGCAGACUGAGACUUUACACCACAACACCCAGAGGCUGCUCCUGCUGCUGGCAGUUGGCGGGGAUGGGAGAUGAUGGAGGACAAAGGCCCUCGUGUAGCCGACUACUUUGUGGUGGCCGGUCUGACGGACCCGUCAAAGCCGUUGGACCAGGAGAUCCACUUUGAUGAUGUCUGCCACAAGACGGCUAAGCCGAAGGCACCCAUCACUGAUGUAGCGGUGAUGAUCCGCUCAAUGGGUGAGGAGGUGCCGCCAGGGUUCACUUGCAUAGAGGAAACACCAACUGGCCAUUCGGCUGAUCUAAACAAUGGUGGCCUCAUGGCGCCCCAGAUCUUCUUGUGCUACAGGCGAGGUCGCGACAAGCCGCCACUAACUGACCUGGGAGUGCUAUAUGAGUGGAAGGAGAGAUUGAAACAGGGCUGCCACCUCAUUCAGACCACACCCUAUGGUCGUCCAGCCAACAUCAGUGGCAAUUCCUCUCAGCGCAUCUAUGUCACCUACCGCCGAGCACCUGAGAGCCAGCCCCACACCGCCCUGGCCGUCACUGACAUCUGCAUCAUCAUCCCGAGCAAGGGAGAGACACCACCACACACCUUUUGCAAGGUGGAGAAGAAUCUCAACAGCAGCAUGUGGGGCUCGUCUGUCUACCUGUGUUAUAAGAAGUCUGUGGCCAAAACCAACACAGUAGCCUACAAAGCAGGUUUGUUCAGCAGAUAUCCAGAGGAGGACUAUGAGUCAUUCCCUCUGCCAGAAUCUGUCCCUCUCUUCUGCCUUCCCAUGGGGGCCACAAUUGAGUGCUGGCCCGCAAACACCAAAUACUCCCUCCCUGUUUUUUCCACUUUUGUCCUCACCGGAGCCUCUGGAGAGAAGGUGUACGGUGCUGCUAUUCAGUUCUAUGAGAGCUACCCGCAGGAGUGUCUGACUGAUCAUCAGCGCUCCCAGCUGGGUCUCUUGAUCCCAGAUCCACACAAACCCUCCUCCUUCAACACCACAGCAACAGCAACCGACAGCGCCACUAAUAGCACCACGACCCCACGCUCGGUCCACACCAACAAGUGCAUCUGUCUGCUUUCCCACUGGCCCUUCUUUGAUGCUUUCCGCAAGUUCCUCACAUUCCUCUAUCGCUAUUCCAUCUCUGGUCCUCAUGCCCUGCCCAUCGAGAAGCACAUCUCUCAUUUUAUGCACAAAGUUCCCUUCCCAUCCUCCCAGAGGCCUCGCAUCCUGGUGCAGCUUUCCCCUCACGACAGUUUGAUGCUGAGCCAGCCAGUGUCUUCUCCUUUGCCACUCAGUGGUGGUCGAUUUUCCACGCUGCUUCAAAACCUCGGACCAGAGAAUGCUGUCACUUUACUGGUGUUUGCUGUCACGGAACAUAAGAUCCUGGUCCACUCAUUACGACCUGCUGUGUUGACCAGCGUCACUGAAGCUCUGGUGUCUAUGAUUUUCCCGUUCCACUGGCCGUGCCCAUAUAUUCCACUGUGCCCCCUAGCGUUGGCUGACGUGUUGAGUGCCCCCUGUCCAUUCAUUGUUGGAGUGGACUCCCGCUACUUUGAUCUGUAUGACCCCCCACCUGAUGUGAGCUGCGUGGACCUGGACACAAACACCAUCUUCCACAAUGACGAUAAGCGAGCCCUCACAUGGAAGAUCCUGCCAAAGAAAGCCUGUAAAAACCUGAUGAAUGUGCUGAGUAAUCUCUACCAGCAGCUGGUUGACGGUCAGCACCGGCCUGAUGGGCUCCUGGAGCUGAGCAUGAGUGAUUCGUCAGAGCUGAGCUGUGGGAAGAGCCUGCACACCUUGGAACUGGAGAUCCAGGAAGCCUUCCUGCGCUUCAUGGCAGCCAUUUUGAAAGGCUACCGUUCGUUCCUACGACCCAUCACUCAGGCCCCCUCUGAGAAAGCCACAGACGCCAGCUCACUUUUUGAUUUGCAAGGGUUCUUGAAGAGCCGAGACCGCUCACACCAGAAGUUCUACACACUGAUGACCAAAACCCAGAUGUUCAUUCGUUUUAUUGAGGAAUGCUCCUUUGUCAGUGACAAAGACGCCAGCCUGGCCUUCUUCGACGACUGUGUGGACAAACUCUACAAUUCAGAGCGGAGUGCAGACAAAGGCGGCAAGGUGGACAGUGACAGGCCGGAGGAGGCCAGGCUGAUAGAGAUUGAUGAAUCCCAGCGCAGCGAGCACACAGUCUUUAUCACACCUCCAGAGCUGCCUCCUCUGCCUGAGGGGGAGGAAUAUCCACUGUGCUACAGGUACGAUGGUUUCCCAGUGUUAAGUCUUGACCUGUUUGACCCUGUGGAGGGCCUGCGGACCCCCUCUUCCCGCCUCGCUGCCAGGCACAGCUGUCCUACCAGCCCGGCUCCCAUGUUUCGACGCACCAAGCAGGAAAUCAAAUCAGCCCAGAAGAUAGCCAAGAAGUACUCGUCCAUCCCCCAGCUGUGGUCCAAGUGCCUACUCCGUCACUGCUACGGCCUGUGGUUCAUCUGUCUGCCAGCUUACGUAAAGGUGUGCCACUCCAAGGUGCGGGCACUCCGCACUGCCUACGACGUUCUCAGGAAGAUGCAGGCAAAGAAACUGCAGCCCCCUGAUGAGGUCUGCUACCGCGUGCUGAUGCAGCUGUGUGGACAGUAUGGUCAACCUGUCCUGGCAGUCAGGGUCCUCUUUGAGAUGAAGAAGGCUGGAGUCCACCCCAAUGCCAUCACUUACGGCUACUACAACAAGGCGGUGUUGGAAAGCACGUGGCCCUCCAGCACCAGAGGAGGAUACUUCCUGUGGAUGAAGCUCAGAAAUGUCGUACUGGGCGUGGCGCAGUUCAAAAGGGCCCUACGACGACAAGCUCCCCUCACUCAGAGCCCUCUGUCAGAUGGCAGCGACCUGGACGCUGUGAGUCACGGCAGCCUGGAUAGCUCUGCUGACACUAACGUGGCCGAGCAGGGCCCCUACGCCACUGACUCCAUCAAAGUAGACCCCACUGAUGAUAGAUCUAGCACAGGAGAUCAGUCAGAUUUGGGUUAUAACUCACUGUCCAAAGAGGAGGUUCGAAGAGGCGACCCCACCACCCAGGACUCUGGCCCCGACAAAGAUGACAAGAAGGAGAGCGACUGCAGCUCCUUGUCAGAGACGGAGAGCGCCAAAGGAAGUAAAGACUGCCUCCCGCAGCUGGACAUGGAGGUUCACUCCUACUACAAAUCCCGUGGGAUUGUUCGCAGCAGUUGUGCAUUCGAUGAUUCAUCCUGCAAACCCAAGAGCUCCGCCAGCGCAGGCCAUGUUGCAGGUCUCCUUUUCACUUCCUCCUUGGAUGAGAUCGGUGAGGUCCAGACAAACAGUUUGCUCAGGAGACAUAAGAGUGCUCUGGAAGACGUGGUUGGCAACACCAGCAGUGGCUCGGCUCUUGACUGGCAGGGGGUGAGGAGCCGCCGGCUGAGCGGUGACACGGUGGGCAGUAGUGGCAGUGGCACCACUGUCCUCGGCCUGGGUAUGAGCCAGGGUGAAACUGACCCAGAGAAAAUCGCAGGACACCUGGGUGCAGAUGUCAGAAUUCUCUCCGGUGCCAACUUCAGCAAGAAUAAGAGGCCUCGCUCGCUUGCUUUGGGUGGAUCAGAGGGGGCGUCUGCUAAGGUGAGUGCUGCCAGAAGUCUUGAUCACAGAGAGGAGGAAGAGGAGACAGAAGGUCAGGACUCCAGCGACGAGGACAGAAGUAACGCAGAGGCAAUAUUUGAUUUGGAGGAUCUGGAUUUAGACAAGCCUCCAACGGGCUCUCAAAAGACCAACAAAUCUCAUAAGAAACUUGUUGAACGCAGUGCCAGCUACGGUGGCAUGAGCACUGAUGUGUCCAGAGGAGCUGUGAAGCGAACAGACAUUGAGAUGGGCUACGACCCUCUGUCCCUGCUGGCAGCAGAGUCAAAGUCCGAGUUGGAAAAUGAGACUCAGUACCUCGAUGGUGAUGAAGCCAGCACACCGAGUGCUCGUAGGGACUUGGCCAGGGAAAUUGAGCUCUAUAUGAAUCACAUGGGCAGCCCACUGAGCAGCCGGACACCCAGUCUGGACUUGAAGGACCCGGCAAGCCCCCUCCUCCUCCACCCGUCCUCAGUCUCUGGUCCACGUAGAGCUAGCCUGCCCCACAGCUCCCCCCUCAGGACUGCAGGAAUGCCACGCUCACGCACCUUCCAACCUCCAUCACCCUCACAAACUACCACACGCCAGCGUUUGUGGUCGUCGCCUCCCUGUCGCAGCUCAAGCACCACCCCCAGCCCCAGCCCUCGACCCAGCCCAUACAGGGAGAGGACAGACAGGAUGAGCCUGGCAUCACCCUCACCCUCCUCCUCCUCUUUCGCUCUGGACACUCUGCUCACACCAACACUUGACGUAUUCAAGACCAGUGUGUUCUCUGCUGGGAAGGGUGUGGCAGAGAAGGCGAGCCGCUGGUAUUCUCGUCUUGCCACGUACACCACACCGACCAAGGAUGGUCACAGUGACCGUCUGAGUGUGUCCUCCCUUGGUGUUGGAGAUCCAGACUGCUCCUCCCUGCUGGAUGAAGAGUACUGUGGGGAGUCAGGGAGCUCUGUAGUGUCACCACUGAGGAACGGCCCCAUAGGGCCCCGCAGGAGCCCUAGACGCAGCCCCCUCCGAAGCAGACUAGACGGCACCCCUCCAGGCUCCAGCCUUGGGAGACCCACAUCUUUGCUCCCUGGAGGUGUCAUCUCGCCCCCCGGCUUCCCUCUGCCAGACAAGUCGGACUUGGGCUCUUCACGCUACACCAGCAACACCAGCAUCUUCAACAACUACGCCAUGGAGCUGCUGAUCUCCAGCUGUUCUCGCUGUAAGACGUGUGACUGCCUGGUGUACGACGAGGAGAUCAUGGCUGGCUGGACGGCAGAUGACUCCAACCUGAACACCACCUGCCCCUUCUGUGGAAACCCCUUCCUUCCAUUCCUCAACGUGGAGAUCAGGGACAUGAGAGGACCCGGCAGGCUUUUCCUGAAGGGCAGCCCAUCUGUGGAUGAGGCGAUGACCUCAUCGUACUCGGCCUCCACAGGUAUGGACACAGGGACGUCCACCUUGUCCACCCCAUGUCCUACGACAGCUGUCUUCCCUCCCUCCCCUGUGAUUGGUGUGCAGGAGCGCUUAGGAAAUGAAAGGAUGCGAUCGACCAGAGCUCAAGGUAUCCACAUCCCCACAGACCGUCGGCAGGGGGCGCUCUCCCCUGGAACACCCAUCGCCCGCAGCGUCAGCGUCUUUAGUCCUUUGGAGGAAACAUCGCGACUGAACCACUGUGUGCCAACGUCAGGCAGCCUGCCCAGCCGUCUCAAUGAAGCCACGGACCCACUGAGUAUGGAGUGGCAGCUCCACAACCCCGAGCCGGUGACGGUUCCCUACCUGAGCCCACUGGUUCUGUGGAAGGAGCUGGAGAGUCUGCUGGAGAACGAGGGUGACCCGGUGAUCACAGAGGCUGACAUGGUGGACCAUCAUCCCAUUAUCUACUGGAACCUGGUCUGGUAUUUCAGACGACUGGACCUGCCCAGCAACCUGCCGGGUCUCAUCCUCACCUCUGAUCACUGCAACAGAGACUCCCAGGUUCCUCGUCACUGGAUGUCAGAGGACAGUAAACACGUGUUGAUCCAGAUGCUGUGGGACAACCUCAAGCUGCACCAGGACACAAUCCAGCCUCUCUACAUCCUCUGGAACACAUACAGACUUAAUUGUACUCUGUUGUUAGAGAAUGUGGGGUAUCCUCUGUCCCGGUCGAUCUCGGAGGAGGAGAAGCCGUUCAGCGAGGAGCUGCUGCAGAGUGUCGUGAAGAGCAUCCAGAGGAACGACGUCAGCCGGCCGAUGGCUCAGCUGCUGCAGCUGCUGGGACAGACGCUCGGGGUCAAACGGCAGAGGAGUUUGUACCGGGACAUCCUCUUCCUCUCGCUGGUGGCUCUGGGAAAAGAUAACAUUGAUAUAGACGCCUUCGAUCGUGAGUAUAAGCUGGCGUACGACCGCCUCAUGCCCAGCCUGGUGAAACUGACCCACAACUGUGACCGACCUCCCAGCACGGGGGUGAUGGAGUGCCGCAGGACGUUUGGAGAACCUUACCUGUAAACACUCACCUUCACCCACCAGGAGAAACCCUCACCAUCUAUUUCAUCGCUUUAAGACGAGCUCAGGAAACCUGUUGGAAGACUGUGAAUGUGCACUACGGUGACGUUUUGAGAAAAAUCAUCAAAAAGGCGCAGUUGACCGCAGUCAGCGUCAUGUAGCCCGAAACAAAAAAAAAGAAUUUUGCUGACAUCAUCUCAACUAAGUGACGAUGGAAACACACUCACUGUUAAUAACAUGACUUCAUGCAGUGUUGUUGAGUGACGCUCACCUGGUUUCUUAGAAAAAUCCUGUGAAAAUUAUACAGACACGCUGUAAAUACACCACACUAAAGGUUUUUUUAAAAACUGCAACAUUUAUAUUGUAUAGUCCUGCAGCAUAUGAAGACUAAUAUUAGCAAUAUUUUAACUUGAACUCUAUUUAUACAAAGUAAGCUUUAUUUAUUGUAGUGUCUUCUGUUUGUUGGGCGUAGUGUUUGUUGUGUGGCUGUUGUCUCGCAGUUUAAAACCAGCACAACCUGAACAAUCGCUGCUCAUUUUCAACAAACUGGAAGAGAUGUCGCAGUUUGGAUUUGGUUUCUGUUGUAAAUGAUGAUGAGAUUACUGUCUUUAUGAGUUGGGGCAAAACAAUAAAAAAAAUAGAUAAAUUAGAGCUGCAAUGAUGAGUGAAACCACAGAAAACUUGAAUCAAACCUGUGUCUGACGGUGGAUUGAAUAUCUUCAGUUUUUGAAUUGCUGGUCCAAAAAAAAACAAAAAACAAGCAGAUUUAAGACAUUGUUUGCAUUUUUCACUAAUUUUAACUUUUCAUUGACAAAACAAUUCCAUAACUGAUCGAGAGAAAAUAAUCAGCAGAUCAACCAAUAAUGGAAAUGAUCUUUAGUUGCAGCCCUAAUUAAAAUGUUUAAAAACACUUUUUAAGCUGCCUUUAAUGUUAGUCUGAAUAUAAAUGUCCGCUGUGUUGCCACUUACAAUAGUGCUCUAUAUUUCAUUUCAUUUUAAUGUCAAGUUUGUUUACAAAACAUUUUGGAGCGUUAAAUAAUUACUCAUCAUAUGAACAAUAAUUUUUUCGUUUUCUUGUCCACGCAGGCUCCGAUCAUGCAGAGAUGCUAUAGGCUGGUUGCUUUAAAAGUCUUGGAGAAAAAAAACAAAAAUGACAGGAGGCGCAAAAGGAGGAGCUCAUUAAUGUUGGGAUGAAGUGAUUAUAAGAUGCAGUUUACAUUUAUUUCUGUGGUUUUACUCAACUUUACAGAUGAAUUUAAGUUUGGGAGAGAGCUCACUACAGCAUGAACGGAUUGUCCUAAAUAUACAGAAGCUGCUUUGAAAAAAAAAACAACAACAAAAAAAAAGACAAACCAAAUAAGAUGCCAGCACAGUCACUUUUCAGUCUGUGGUCACUGUCCAUGCUGAUGAACAACAAACAGGGUGAUUUAACAUCAUGUUCAUGCUGGAGGCUGCAGUCUGGGGCCUCAUUUAUAAACCUUCCUCACGCUGCUUCCCACACAAAAGUCGUGGUCUAUAAAAACAAAGUCGACCGGAAAAUGUGCACACCUGUGAGUAAACUGACCCGUGUGAUGAUUUUGAAAAUGAAAUGUGAGAGGCAUUAUUCUACUCAUAAUAAUGCUGCUCACGUUUGAUUUCACACUUGUUCAACCAGAUCAUUUCUAUUAACAUGCAAAUGGUGCUUUGCGCUGACAGUUUAUGUUUGAAUGUGGGUUUGGAGAAGGCAGGAUGAGGCUGAUCCAUGUGCGCACAUUUCAAAGUUAAUUUGGGAUUUAUAAAAGGAACCUGGCCUUACGCAAGAUUUUUCAAAUCAGAAUAUUUUUUUCAUCUUUUAAAUGUACAGAAACAUCAAGUGUGGGCUCUUCACAGAGUUUUAUAAAUGAGACCCCAGGUAAAUAGUUCAACUUAGAUUUGAUUUUUUUUCAUACUUCUGGUAUAUUGUUCUCACCAAAACAAGUAAGUCUGACGGGAUAUAAAACAAGUUCCUGACAUUCUUAAAGCGCAAUUUGUUGGUAAUAAUCCCUCAUCGCAGCAGACAGGUGAUAUUUCAGAAAAAAGCUUUAACCAGGCUGUCGCCGUCUUCAUAGCUGUGUUUACAUUUUAGUUUUGCAAUUUUAAAACCAGCUUAUGGUUCUACAACCACAUAUCUGAAUGUUUAUUGGGACUGCACAAUACGGGUUAAUGGAAAUGAUCAUUUUUGCAUCACAAUUUUAAUUUUCACAGAAAAAGACAAAAAUGAAAUCAUUUAAUGUGACAUUUGUUGAGGUCUGAACCAAUCAAACGUGUGUCUUUGUGAGGAGCAACAAAGAUUUGUUAGAUUUGUUGUCAGGACGUCUCUGCUGUGCUACACUAUUUCAUUUUAAUGCUGUUAAGUCACAUGUCUUAGCUUCAUUAAAAAAGCAGCUUCGACAACUUUGAAUGUCGCGCUCAGCCUGUCAUAUCAUACCUUCAUAUCAUUUGAAUUAAUUGUGCAGCUCUAAUUUUUAUACAGUUCUGUGUUAAGCCUGUGACGGUGAUGAACGAACCAGAUCAACUGAAGGGUACAAACGAGAUUGUCUAAGGUGCGUCAUUGAGAUUCUGUGAUUGUCAUCUGUAGUUUUUAGUAUCAAACAUCUGUGAAGUUCUGUAAAAAGCCCUUAGUGCAGCUUUGGGAAAAAGAAAAUAUCGUCUAAGGUGACAUCUAGUCAUCUUAGUCAUCAGUAUCUGUUGUAUGAAAUUCAUCCAGCAGCUUUAUCUCCAUCAUAUCAAAUUAAAACCAAAAAAGGGAUUCUCUUUUAGCGUCCACAGGGAAUAUUAAUAAUGCAGUAACAGACGGCAGCACGUGUUUUUCAGUUAACUUUUGCUUUCUGAGCACAUACCAGUGUGCAUCAGUUACAUAAAGCAGAGAAAUACCUGAUCAGCCACAUUCUGGAUGGAACUGGACUUCGGCAAGAUAAGCACUUGUUUUUGUGUUAAUCAAAAAUGACGACUGACAGACUGACGAGAUGGUUGAAUGAGGACCCGAAACUCGUGAAGGUCUCAUGAAUUUCAACCACGUGUGUGAUUUGCGGUCAACAAGUUGCACUUUGCCCCUUAAAAGUGACCUGACUGUUUUCAGCUGGUCGAGCCGGCGAGCUCGGGAGGCGAGGACACAUCAGCUGCCAUUCAUCUGUGGAUUUUAUUUUUUUUUGUUUUCCUGUGUUAAUAAGUUGUACAAAUGAAUGAUUUUGCAGAACCUGGGGCCAUGUACAUUUUAACUCGCCCUUUGUAGAAAUCACAUUUUAUAACAGUUUAUUCAUACACGUGCAAAGGUCCUUUUUAGAUGUGGUGAAGGUUCUGUACAGUGACCAGAUCUGCAGGACUGGAACUGUAAAUAAAAUCACUUAUACGCUCUCA